AUGACAUUACCAAGCUCUCAGCAUCUUGGUUCAUCGUUUUCCGCGCAUGGUUCCCGUAGGAGAGUUGCGCCCGGGCGGCGCUACGGCCAUAGACCAGUUUGCAGUUUUGAGAUGACUCGCGAAAGAGAGCUACUGCAAUGGAUGACGGAUGUGUCCGACGAUGAGCAAAAUGUUGCUGAUUCUGCUAAUGCUAUCAGUAAUGCAGAAUAUUGA